AAAAAAAAAAAAAAAAAAAAAAAAANAAAGACUGCAUAUCAUAUAUCCCUCUUGAAAGACAAACGCAUAUAUCAGGCGGGUGGGUGUUGUUAUUUUAGCAUGUCCACGCCAUCUCGCACAAUCUCCAUUAGCAUCAGGCAAAUUGAUUAGACGACGAUAUGAAAUCUCUAUCAUUCAUCCUCGUUGAUUAUACUUGGCGGUUUUCAUACGCUAAGUAAUAAUGUAUGAUAGAUCCUAUUCCACCAACGCUCGUCAACAUGCCACCAAGUGUACACCAUCUUCUCGGUCGCAAUAUCAUAUCAUCUACUACACCAUCAACAGCCAUUUCAGGUCGCUUCCAGCAACUGCCACAACAACUAAGACGGCUAUCCAGCUCACGCAGUCUGAAAACUGAGAAAAGGGGAAGGGAAGACACCGCAACAGCAGAAGCAUCAUCACCUUCAUCCCGCCUAACACACGUCUCCGAGUCCGGCUCAGCACACAUGGUCAACAUCUCAGAAAAGCAAGUGACGUCGCGCGUAGCCACGGCCGCCUGCGCGGUGCACUUUUCCGACGACACGGCCAUCAAGCUGAUCCAGGAGAACCAGAUGAAGAAGGGCGACGUUCUGGGCGUGGCCCGAGUCGCCGGCAUCAUGGCUGCGAAGCGCACCGCUGAUCUCAUCCCGCUCUGCCACCCGAUCGCCAUAUCAAAGGUCAACGUUGACCUAGACGUCGCCCCGGGGAGCCGGCAGAUCGAGAUCCGGGCCACCGUGACCUGCGAUGGGAAGACGGGGGUUGAGAUGGAGGCGCUUACCGCGGCGUCGACGGCAGCCUUGACAGUGUAUGAUAUGUGCAAGGCCGUGGACAAGGGAAUGAGGGUUGAGGGGCUUCGGGUUGUGCUGAAGGACGGGGGGAAGAGCGGAAGAUGGGAGAUGCUUUGAUGGCGGAUCGUGAGAUGCUAUGUUGUAAUUGAUCUCUCCUUAUUUUCUCUCAUUACUUUCUUUGGCAUACAAGUAUCAAAGGCUUGAACAGCAUAUAGGGGUAAAUGACGUAUUGAGUUCUAUGUAUACAACUAUCAUCAUCGAGUAGGUAGUUGGUUGAUCUACUAGUAGUGAUUUACAUGCGA